UUUUCAGGCCAUUUCUCUCUUCGAACAAAACAAAAAAUUAGAAUUCUCUCCUGCACUUUUAAUUUUUUCAUGGAGAAAGCGGUUGAUUCUCUUGGAAUAUGAUCUUGUAAAUCACUAUAUUCUUACAUAAUCGAGUCUUGGCUUGUGCCGCGUUGGAUUUUGAUUUGAUUUUUCAAGAUAAAUACCUAAAAUGCUUUAAAAAUACAUUUUCCAGUCGCCUUUCGUAUCAGAUUCUUUGCUUUUGAGUAGACUGUAGACCCGCCUAUCUAAAAGAGUUUGGGACUAUGAGAAAAUGCGCUUUUGCCGAAAAAGACGCACAAAACUAGGAGAAGGAAGCAGCACCCAGCUCGAUGAAUCUGAAGCAGCAGAUCUGCAAGUGGAGACACGUGUUGAUUUUGUGCUGUGGCUUGAAAAUGACGUGUCUCUGAACAUUCUAAUGCAUUUGGAUGAUCCAACUGAUGUGCUCUGUGCUGGCGCUGUUUCACGCCUUUGGCACCAAUUUGGUGUUGAUUUUGUGCUGUGGCUUGAAACUGAUGUGUCCCUGAACAUUCUAAUGCGUUUGGAUGAUCCAGCUGAUGUGGUCUGUGCUGGUGCUGUUUCAUGCCUCUGGCGCAAAUUUGUGGCUACUAAUGGAAUUUCCAAGCAUCUGUGUCUGAGAAAGUUUCCACAGCUUUCUAGAAUUGCACGUAUAGCAGAACCAGAUUUGAGGGUAGCAGAAGGAAAAGAUGUUGAGUCUAGCAAUUCCAGUUGGGAGACUCUAAAAAGAGACCAUAAUGUUUAUGCUUCUCUACUUCAAGCUAUUGAAACAUCAAAUUCAUGUCCAAGUAAUUGCAUAGGUAAUGCAGUUAGCACUUCAAGUACGGACCAUUAUCCAGAUGAAAGUAUUGUGCAUACUCUUGUUCCAAGAGACAGAUAUCAAGAUUUACCUUCAUACUGGUCAAGUAUAGGACACAGUGAUCCCAAUGCUUCCGAGAUGCUAGUUUACAAAUUGAAAGCUGAUCUUUGUGUCAUCACUGAAAUAAAGAUACAACCUUUUAAAGUUUAUUUCCAUCAAGGAAAGCCCAUAUACUCCGCAAAAUCUGUUCGGUUUCGAUUAGGACACCCCAAAUCCUCAAGAGAUAAGAGUGAUCUCCUGCACUUGCCCGAGCGACAGCCUGCUGAUGACAAGUUUAUAUGGACGUAUACCUCAAAAGAACUCCCUCUGGAACAGGAAAACCGCUUGCAGCAGUUCAAGCUACCAGAAUCGGUACUUUGCAUUGGUGGAUAUCUGCAGAUUGAACUGUUGGGCAUAGCUGAGAGAUGUGAGAUUGACGACUUGUUUUAGAUAUGCAUUCGCUAUGUGGAAGUUAAGAGGGCGACCACUCCGUCCUGCCUUUGGUGUACAGAACAUCGAACCGUCUGGAGACUUUGUGCUCAAGUACAAAGAGAGGUUCGCUAAUCAAUGUUGCAAAGCUUGUUAACAGAAUUUAUCCAAGAUGCAAAUGUACCUCCCAUAACAUUCGAAGAAGUAGUGCUUGAAGAUGCAGGUCUAUUGAAAUAUUAAGUAAAAGAAUUACCUGCCUAGCUUUAGACCCAUGAAGUAGAAUGACGACGACAAGUAAAUGGACCAUAGAGAAGUUUGGUGUGCUUGAUAUGAAUGAUAACAUCUCCAAUAGUUCAUUUGAAAUAGUUUUUAACUGCUAUUAGUGUUGGAUAGUGAGAUAAAGUUUCUUCUGGAAAAAUAGUUUUCGGAAGAUAUUUUCUUUCAUACCAAUCACCCUUUGUAAUAUAACGCUAUGAUUUUCUCUUCUUUUAGUUUUCUACAUUACUUUUCAAGUAAUAUCCUGCAUUCUCCUUUGUAAAUUCACACCAGUUCUUUUUAAUUUUAGAGGCUGGAGCUGCAUAAACUCCUUUGUAGA